UAGCUCGGAGAGUGGUUGUGCAGAAAGGAAGCAAGAUGGCGUCGGAGCCGGACAAGACCGAAAUUCUAACAAUUUUCAAGCGACUCAGAUCUAUUCAGACAAAUAAGUCUUGUUUUGAUUGUGCUGCUAAGAAUCCAAGUUGGGCCAGUAUAACCUAUGGCGUAUUCUUGUGUAUUGACUGCUCUGGGAUCCACCGCUCAUUGGGAGUGCAUCUCAGUUUUAUCAGAUCUACAGAGUUGGAUUCUAAUUGGAAUUGGUUUCAGCUGAGAUGUAUGCAGGUUGGCGGCAAUGUAAAUGCGGCAGCUUUUUUCCAACAGCAUGGCUGCACAACUAAAGACACAAAUGCCAAGUACAACAGCAAAGCCGCACAAAUGUACCGUGAGAAGAUCAGGCAGCUAGCAAACGUAGCACUCUCAAAAUAUGGAACUGAUCUAUGGAUUGACAGUCCAGGUGGAACGCAAGUGCUAAGUCGUGAAAAUAAAGAUGCAGAUUUCUUUGCAGAACACACUCAGUCUUUGAGCAGCUGGGAUAUGGCCUCUACAUUGACAGAUCAAAAUUCUGCUGGGAGCCUGCUGGUUGCAGAAGAACCCCCAAAACAGGAAGAAAACUUGAACAAUCAACCCGAACAAGGUCCCAGCAUUGAAGGGCUUGGCACAUCUCCCAAAGCAACAAUUGAAGUGAAGCCUUCAAUCAUUGGAAAAAAAAAGCCUGUUGCAGCAAAAAAAGGGCUGGGUGCUAAAAAGGGACUGGGUGCUCAGAAAGUAAGCAGCCAGAGCUUCAGCGAGAUAGAACGACAGGCACAGGUAGCAGAGAAGCUGAGAGAGCAGCAGGCCACUGAGGCUAAGAAGCAGGUCGAAGAGUCAAUUGUUGCUUCAAUGCGUCUAGCCUACCAGGAGCUACAAAUCGACAGGAAAAAGGAAGAUAUGAAAAUCCAGAGUUUGGAAAUUAAAAAAAGAGAACAGGCUGAGAGGCUUGGAAUGGGAUUUGGAACAAGAAGUGCGGUGUCCCAUUCGGUGCUGUCAGAGAUGCAAGUAAUUGAGCAGGAGACCCCAGUUGCAGCCAAGUCCACUCGCUCUAAGCUGGAUAUGUUUGAUGAACCAGGAUUUACAGCUGGACCUCCAAAGUAUAAGGAUAACCCAUUCUCUUCAGGGGAUGACUUUGGUUCACGAUGGGAUUCUGAUUCCACCUCCUCUUUCUCCUCUUGGGGUCUCGACAAGGAAGAGCCAAAGGAGGCUGAAUUUACUAUUUCUAGCAUUCAGCCAAUUGGGGAAAGGCUACCAAGCAGGCGAAAGCCAGACAGCAAUGUUACCGUUGUGGAGUCGAGCGAGGCACGUCAGAAGUUUGCCAAUGCUAAAGCCAUUUCAUCUGACAUGUUCUUUGGGAGAGAGAGUGAUGCAGAGUACGAGGCAAAGACUCGGUUGGAGAGGUUAUCUGGAAAUUCUUCCAUUAGUUCUGCAGAUCUGUUUGGGGAUGGGAGCGAUGGGUCUUCUACAGGGGCUUCAUCUUAUGAUAGCGUGCUUCCAACUGGCCCCGAUAUUGCCCAGUUUAAACAGGGUGUGAAGACGGUUGCAGGAAAAAUGGCAGUACUUGCUAAUGGGGUGAUGAAUACAAUUCAGGAUCGUUACAGCUCUUAUUGAAAAACUGAGACUUCAGAAUCUGAACAUAGAGAAGAACCAGACACACUGUUCACCUGUUUUGUUUCUCUCUUCUUCUUUUUUUUUUCUUAGUAUUAUUUUAAACCUGGCUGAUUUGGUUUGUUUUAAGAAAAUAUAUAUUUUUUGACAGCUUCUGGUCAAAGCUGAAAAAUUGUUUAUUAAAACAAAAUUCGUAAAGCAGUUUGAUCUCAGCGAACACCUUUUGUGUGUAAUUUACAAAAAUGUAAAAAUGCCUAAAACAUAAAAUUGAGUUAAGACAAGUAUUUGUCCUAGGAUUCUGUUUUUGCCACAUCAAAAAUACUGUGAUAACCCUUUCACUGCCUAAAUAAGGACUCAAGUUAUUGGUAACUAUGUACAUUUCUGCCAUAUUUAUCUGCUAUGAAAAUAGUGUUAAGGUGAUGAUUUGGAGUGAUAUUCUAAAAAAGUUUUAUUUUUAAAUCAUUUUUAUAAUAUGGUUUAAGUACUGUACAAUAGUGCAAUUUGGUUGCUGUACUGAGAGGAAUAGUUUCUUGCAGUAGUUAAUCAAAUAACCAUUGUUUAAAAGUUACAUAUAUUUUUUAUUAAACUGUUUGGCUACUAUUAUCAACGUUGGUUUAAGGAUAAUAUUACAAACAACCUUAUUUAUUCAUUACUUUUAAUUUAUAACAUGUACAACUGGUACAUAACCAUAUAUAUAUAUAUAAUUUCUAUUUUCUGGUUCGAACAACCAGGUCCAUGCUGAUUUUAGCUUAACAUUUUUUUUCUAUCCUGUAUAUCCCUUCAGUUGCAGUUGCUUUCAUGUCUAUUCCAUGAUACAAAACUAGCCACCUCUUGUCAGUGCAGAAUUAACAGAAAUCCUUCAAACAAAAGCAACAUUCAGAACGACAGUCUCUAAUAUACCAACUAACACUGCGGUGGCGAUCAGGAAUUGUCAUAUCUUUGGAGUGCUGACAGGAGCAAAAUGCAGUCUUAACGGGGCAGGAUUACAUUUUUAUUUUUGCUGCUAAAAUUUGGAGGAACCCUCCUAUAUGUAACCUGUGAGUCCUCCUGAAGUAUUCAAUAAGAACUUUAAACCACUGCUUUUUAAAGAGAUACAAGUUACUCAAAGAACCUGCAAUGGAUUGCCAAAGAUGAGGCUGUAAUUCCUUUAUAGGUUAAAAAUCAUACCUUUUUUAAUGCUGUACUGUUGACUAUGCUUGUCACAUGGCAUUCAAGGUAUAUUUUCUAGCUUAAUUUUUCAGCUUUUAUGCCCUUAACAUUUUGGAACAGAAUAGUUCACUGUGGGUGUGUGCUUAAACACACAAUCACAUACAAAUCACAUACAUAUAUACCCUGUUGAGUUUUUGUCAGGAACUUGAACAUGUAUAAUGCCUUGGUUAAAAAGCAAUUUGUUUUGUGUGUGUGUGUGUGUGUGUUAUAUCCUUCAUAGAAUACCUGAACGUUGGCAAAAUGUGUAAUAAACACCAAAGUCCUAAACUGGAUACCCCUUUAUUCUCACAGUAUUGUAUCAGCUGUCAUGUCUUGCCUGUUCCAUCAUAUAUAUAUAUGUAAUAUUUCAAUUGUUUGGGCUCCCAGUCCAGAAGGGCUAAAGAAAUUUAAAGUGAUGUUUUUCUAUUGCCUUGUCAUUUGUAAAUAUUCUAAAGUGUUUUAGCAAGCAGUAAAAGUUCUGGCUUUGAAAAACCAAGCAUGCUUUUUUGAGUGUUUUCCCGGUUACACAAGUUAAAUAGUGAAAACCCUCUGCGUGGAACAGCUGAGGGUGCCAAAUGAAAUGCUGAGGAUUUUAUGAAGCCAUUCGACUGUCUGAUGUCAUGUAACAAUUGAACUGGCAGUAUCAGAUGUUGUAGUGGUAACUCGAAGUACAAUCUGACGAGAGCUUUCACUUGUGUAUUAGCAAUAGUAGGAUCUUUUUUUUUUUUCCCCUUGUCCUGAACAUUAUCUACAUUUUUUUUUUUUAAGUAUUAAAAUAUAGCCUUCCAUUCUUCUUGCCAAGGACUGGGGAGAUUUAAAUGUGUUAAUAUAUUUGCCACUUUGCAGUGAUAACUUUCUUCCUCAGGGAUGGUACAUAACUAUGUUUCAUCCCUACUUUGUAUUGAUGGUAAUGUUGCCCUGCCUGACACUGUGACCAACUGUGAUUUUAAAAAAAAAAAAAAAAAAAAAAAAACUUCUCUCCCAAACAAAUACAUUUUAUUGUAGGUGGCAUGUACAAACCAUUGCUUAAUUGUCAAUAAAAAUGUAAAUCUGUUCCAA